AUGAGAUCGAAACCGCCAUUAACGAGCUUCGAUGUUUCCCUUUUCUCUCUGUUCAAAUCCGUCGCUGUGGCUUUCUAUAAACGAAUUCAGGCUCUGAUGGCGAGUGAGCAAUCACCGGCUGCUCAAACGCCGUUGCUCGAUUCAAAUCAGAAUCAGAAUCAGGAUCAAGAGCAACCUCCGCCGCAGAUAGACGGCGGCGGAGGAGGAGGAGAGGGCGUCAACGAUGACGACGACCUGGAUCAAACGCUGGAAAGGCUCGAGAUGUUUCUGACGCUCCUUGGGUUUAACCAGUCGUCUACUCAAAGCCUUGUCUUGUCUUGGAUCGUCUUUUUGACCAUCGGUUUGGUGCUUCCGGUGACAGUGUUGGAGCUAGGGCAUUGUAAAGGGUGUGAGAAGUACCAGUACAAGAGCUUCGAGCUCAACAUCGUGGUCUCGCAGGCGUGUUUGGCUGGUGUCUCUCUGCUUUGCGUUUCUCACAAUUUGAGAAAGCACGGGAUUCGAAAGUUUUUGUUCGUCGAUCAACUCAGUGGGCGAAUGGGACGGCUCAAAGGUCAAUACAUUCAGCAAAUCUCGAACUCUGUGAGACUGCUUGCAGUUUGGUCGCUCCCAUGUUUUGCAUUGAAAGCUAUUCGGGAGAUCAUCCGUAUGAUAUACGUGCCUCAUGACCAGCCAUGGCUAUCUGUUUUAAUUCUCUUAUCAAUGAUCUUGUCAUGGACGUACUUAAGCACUAUAUUUCUAGCUGCAAGUGCCAUGUUUCAUUUGGUCUGCAAUUUGCAAGUCAUUCACUUUGAAGACUAUGCGAAGCUCUUAGACGGGGAGUCAGAAAUCUCCCUUUUCAUCUACGAGCACAUACGUUUGCGCCAUUACCUCUCCAAAAUAAGCCAUAGGUUCCGAAUCUUUCUGCUUCUACAGUUCCUGGUCGUUACAGUAAGCCAGUUUACUACGCUUUUCCAGACCACUGCGUACAGCGGGCGUAUCACAUACAUAAACGGUGGUGAUUUCGCGGUUUCGGCGGUAGUCCAAGUUGUUGGGAUAAUAUUAUGUCUGCACGCAGCAACUAAAAUAUCUCACAGAGCUCAAGCGAUAGCAUCAGUGGCAAGUAAAUGGCAUGCGAUGAUGUCUUGCUCAUCUACAGAUUCAACUCAAAUAAGGACUUCUCCUAGUGGGGUUCACUUGGAGGCCACCACGAUUCCACCAAUCUCCUUUCAGAUUUCCCGUUCAGAAAGCGAUGUGGAGUCGAUGGAUCACUACGUGAGGAUGCCUGCUAAUAACAGCAACAACCACUUUCCUUCAUACAUGUCCAUGAACUCAUAUCACAAAAGACAAGCUUUCGUGUUGUAUUUGCAGAUGAAUCCAGGCGGGAUAACGAUAUUCGGGUGGACAGUAGACAGGCAUCUGAUAAACACAAUUUUCUUCAUUGAGCUCUCUCUCGUUACCUUUGUACUUGGGAAGACUGUAGUUUUCAGUUCUGAAUGA